CAAAAAGCAAAGGAAGUGGGGAGGAGGAGCCCGGCUAUUGCCUCGGCAGAGCCAGGGCAGUGCUGGGGUUACACUGGGAACUCUCCCAGCAGUGCCUGGCAGGCAGAAGGGGAGACUUGCCCCAUCCCGUGGGGUGGAAGCUGCUGGUGUGGGGGAGCUGGGGCUGAUUCUCCUCUUCCCUCCCCCCAGGAAGAAGAGACGAAGCGGCUGCUGGAGCCGGCAGCCAGCCCGCCCAACAAGGUGCUGAACGGAGCGGAGCAGAGCUACCACAACCUCCCGUCGGCGCGCACCGAUGAGCAGGCCAUGCUGUCCUCCAUCCUUGCCAAAACGGCCAUCAACAUCAUCGACGUGUCGGCAGCGGAUUCCCAGGGCAUGGAGCAGCACGAGUACAUGGACAGAGCCAGGCAGUACAGGUGGGACCCGCCCUGCGCCCCAGGGAUGCUGGCAGCCCCCCAAAGCCGCAUCCCUGGGCGGCCUCGGGGAUGUGGUUUGGGGAGGGGCUCGGCCCCGCUCCCCCCCUCCGCUCCCCUGGCUGCGUGCUCGGGGAGGGCGGCCACACACAAGGGGCUCCUGUGUCCCCCCCGGGCGGAUGGCGGGGGGCUGGAUGCGAUCACUCCCGCCUGGAGGGUGGCGGUG